AUGUCUUCUCAAUUAUAUUACAAUGUAAAUGAUAUUCCAACAAUCCCAGCAAUUCUUUUAUUUGGUUUUCAACAAAUGAUGAUUUGCCUAUCAACUCUUUUAGUUGUCCCAUAUUUUGUUGCAAAUAUGUUAUGCGCUGGUGAUUAUUCAGUUGUUCUUCGAGUUCAAUUGAUCGCUGCCACUUUUGUUGUUUCGGGAAUUGCUACAAUUCUUCAAUCAACAUUCGGUCUUCGUCUAUCGAUUUUGCAUGGUCCCUCAUUCGCAUUUCUUCCUGCUCUACAAACUUUUCAAGAAUCGUUUCCUUGUACAACUGAUACAGAUACAACUCAAUGGCAAUAUAAAGUUCAAUUGGUACGUAUGUCAUAUUUUUCAAAAAAGUUUGGGAGUUAUGCAUUCAAAAAUUAAUUUAAAAAAAUAGCUCAAAAAUCAGAUUUUUGAAAAAAGUCAACUUUUCCACUCUUCACUUACCCAUGUAAUUUCUAAAAAUAAUUUUCCACAGAUUUCAGGAAGUUGUAUGUUAGCUGUGCUUUUAAUGCCACUUCUCGGCCUGACUGGUUUGAUUGGAUUUCUAUCUCGACACAUUGGACCAAUCACAAUUGUUCCGAUGAUGACACUUUUAACAAUAAGCACAGUUCCAAGUAUUGAACAAAAAAUGGCGCUUCAUUGGAUUUCCAUUGUGUAAAUUUUCUUUUCUUGGUUUCAAUGUUUUCAUAUUCUAACAAAAAUGUUAUUUUCAGUGAAUUCCUGAUGCUUAUUGUUUUCAUCGUUCUUUUGGAAGAAUGGAAAGUUCCGAUCCCCGCAUUUUCAUUUUCAAAAAAAAAAGUUUUACAUGACACGACAACGAAUUUUGAGUCAAUUUCCAUAUUUGAUUGGAAUUUCAAUUGCAUGGUUUAUUUGUUUCAUUUUGACUGUUACAAACCUCGAGCCUCCAAAUGGAAAUGCGAGAACUGAUAAUAAUGAAUCACUUUCGGUUUUGGAAACAACUCCUUGGUUUCAAGUUCCACUUCCAGGAAGAUAUGGUCCACCAAAGUUCAAUGUGGCUUUGUUUUGUGGUUUUUUGUCAGGAUGUUUGGCAGCAAUGAUUGAAUCAUUGGGAGAUUAUAGUGAGUUGGAAUUCUGAAAAAAAAUUUCAAUCCACCAGAAAUGAACAGAAAAUGAGUUUGUUAUUCUUUCAUAACACCUUUCAAGUAAUCGGAAUUCAUAAAAAUCAAGAAAAAAUUUUGAGUCUGGCAAAAGUGAAAAAAACAAAAUAAUUGUUUUUGAAAUCGCUCAGCCGACGGGAUUUUCGAAAGAGUUUGCACACAACGAAGCAAUAGAGCGCACAUGCUGUUUUUGUCAUUUGAAAAUAAAUGCGGGAAAUCUGUUUUUUCCAGUGGCUGAUGUGUCUUUAAAACAUUCCCACUUAUUUUAGAUUGCUGAAAUUUCUGUCAAAUUUUUGUGUCCUCCUGAACUAUUGUUUUGAAUGUUGUGAACAUGAUUUGACCUUUUUUCCACAUUAAAAAGUUCAAAUUUAUUAUCAAAUCCAGUUUUGAACAUGUUUUCCUCUGUUCAAAAAAUUUUUUCCCAAAAUAAAGUUCGAAAAAUCCACAAAAUUAAUUUCAGAUCUCUGCGCCAAGAUAUCAGAACAAGAUCGAAUUCCAGCAUCAAAUGUAAAUCGUGCCUUUUGUGUUGAAGGUAUUGGUUGUCUUCUUGCUUCAUCUUUAGGAAUCGGAACUGGAAUUGUCACAUACUCUGAAAAUAUUGCAAUUAUGUCUGUGACAAAAGUAUCGAGUCGAAUAACAAUGCAAGUUGCUGGAUGUUUUCUGAUAAUUGCUGGGAUAAUUACGAAGUUCGCGGCUUUUUUGGCAAUGAUUCCUGAAGCAAUUAUUGGUGGAAUUUUCGCGAUGGGAGUUUGUAUGAUUAAUGGAUGCACAUUGAGUAAUUUACAGGUAAUUUUUGGAUUUUAAUCUUGUUCGAGAAACCAAAUAUUUUCAGUCGGUUGAUCUUCGAUUAUCUCGAAAUUUGACAAUUAUGGGAAUCGCAGUGAUAAUGGGAUUUGUUAUCCCAGAUUAUUUCAACAAAAAUCCAUGGAACACUCAAAACAUAACUUUGAACGAUGUUUUGCAAACUCUUUCAACUACACAAAUGUUGGUUGGUGGAUUUUUGGCGUGUAUUCUGGAUAAUAUAACACCCGGUGCAAAUAGAUUGCAACGUGGAUUCAGAGAUGAAAAUUCGCUUGACAGAACUCCGAUUGAAAAUAAUGGAUAUGUUUUUCCGAGUUAUGUUAAUAAUUUUAUAUUGAAAUUCCCAUUCUUAACAUAUUUUCCUGUUUUUCCGUCGAAGUUUGAAAUUCUUGGAACCGAAUCGAGGCGGAGAAACACGAAAUUGUGA